ACCUCGCCUAUAAAGCACAGAUAUGCACAGCGCGUGAAAAAUGGCUUUCUCCACUGAGCCACGACGCGUUUGAGAUCUCUCUCUCUCUCUUUCCCUCUCUUCCUUUCAAAGAUUCCACCUACCAAUACAUAUACUGUAUAUGCUACGUGUAUAUACAUCCUUCCCCCCAACACUUUCAUCCUUUUAAUUACUGUUCGUUUCAUCAAUGAGGCCCUUCUCCAAGAACGAUCGUCGCCGGUGGUCGUUCGAUUCCGUCUCCGCCGGAAGACUCGCCGUCGGAAGUGCAUCCACUUCCCCCGGAACCGAAUGCUCCAACGGCGGUUACGGCGAAGAGUUCGUCGAGGUCACGAUCGAUCUCCAAGACGACGACACCAUCGUCCUCCGAAGCGUCGAGCCUGCAACCGCCAUCAACAUCGACAUCUCCUCCGACGAAACCUCCGCCGGCGGGGGGAUGAUGACUCCGGCGUCGAUCUCGAGAUCUCCGACGAUGAAACGCACCUCCUCGAACCGGCUCCGGCAGUUCUCGCAGGAGCUCAAGGCGGAAGCUGUUGCGAAGGCGAAACAGCUGUCGCACGAGCUGAAGCGGUUCUCGUGGUCUCGUUCCUUCUCCGGUACGUUAACCUCGGCGAACCAAAACGGAGGAGGGAUGGUGAACUCGGCUCUAGAGGCACGAGCCUUGCGGAAGCAACGAGCUCAGCUGGAUCGGACUCGGUCCAGUGCUCAGAGAGCGCUACGUGGGUUGAGAUUCAUCAGUAAUAAGAACAAGAACGUUGAAGGGUGGAACGAUGUUCAGACCAACUUCGAGAAGCUUGCCAAGAACGGUUACAUCUAUCGCUCCGACUUCGCACAGUGCAUAGGAAUGAAAGAUUCAAAGGAGUUUGCAUUGGAACUGUACGACGCAUUGAGCAGGAGAAGGAGAUUGAAGGUUGAGAAGAUCAGUCACGACGAGCUUUACGAGUAUUGGUUGCAAAUCAACGACGAUAGCUUCGAUUCUCGACUCCAGAUCUUCUUCGACAUAGUGGACAAGAAUGAAGAUGGGAGAAUUACAGAAGAGGAAGUAAAGGAGAUUAUAAUGCUGAGUGCAUCUGCAAAUAAGCUAUCAAGAUUGAAAGAACAAGCAGAGGAAUAUGCAGCUUUGAUUAUGGAGGAGUUAGACCCUGAAAGACUCGGCUACAUAGAGCUAUGGCAACUAGAGACUCUGCUUCUACAAAAAGACACAUACCUCAACUACAGUCAAGCAUUGAGCUAUACAAGCCAAGCAUUGAGCCAAAACCUUCAAGGGUUAAGAAAGAACAGCAGAAUACAUCGAAUGAGCUCGGAUUUCGUCUACUUCAUGCAAGAAAAUUGGAAAAGGAUAUGGGUUCUGUCUUUAUGGAUCAUGAUCAUGAUUGGAUUGUUCUUGUGGAAAUUCUUCCAAUACAAGCAAAAAGAUGCAUUUCAUGUGAUGGGUUAUUGCUUACUCACAGCAAAAGGAGCAGCAGAGACACUUAAAUUCAACAUGGCUCUUAUACUUUUCCCAGUUUGCAGAAACACAAUUACUUGGCUCAGAUCCACAAGACUCUCCUACUUUAUUCCUUUUGAUGAUAACAUCAACUUCCACAAGACAAUAGCAGGAGCCAUUGUAGUAGCAGUGAUCCUUCAUGUUGGAGACCAUAUUGCUUGUGAUUUCCCAAGAAUAGUUAGAGCCACGGAAUAUGAUUACAAUCGCUAUCUGUUUCACUACUUUCAGCACAAACAGCCAACUUACUUUGAUCUCGUUAAGGGACCUGAAGGAAUCACAGGGAUUUUAAUGAUCAUUUUGAUGGCUAUUUCAUUCACAUUAGCAACAAGAUGGUUUAGACGUAACCUCGUCAAACUUCCAAAGCCAUUCGAUCGUCUUACUGGCUUUAAUGCCUUUUGGUAUUCGCACCAUUUGUUCAUCAUCGUCUAUGUCUUGCUUGUCCUUCACGGUAUCUUCCUCUAUUUCGCCAAACCUUGGUAUGUUCACACGACAUGGAUGUAUCUUGCAGUACCAGUUUUACUCUAUGGUGGAGAAAGAACACUUAGGUACUUCCGGUCCGGUUCUUAUUCGGUUCGACUUCUAAAGGUUGCUAUAUAUCCUGGUAACGUUCUGACGCUGCAAAUGUCAAAACCAUCUCAGUUUCGUUACAAAAGUGGACAGUACAUGUUCGUUCAGUGUCCAGCAGUUUCUCCAUUUGAAUGGCAUCCAUUCUCCAUUACUUCAGCACCUGGAGAUGAUUAUCUCAGUAUUCACAUUAGACAGCUCGGAGAUUGGACUCAAGAACUCAAAAGAGUAUUCUCUGAAGUGUGUGAGCCACCGGUUGCCGGUAAAAGUGGACUUCUUAGAGCCGAUGAAACAACAAAGAAAAGUUUGCCAAAGCUGCUAAUAGAUGGACCCUAUGGUGCACCAGCACAAGACUAUAGAAAAUAUGAUGUUCUCUUAUUGGUUGGUCUUGGCAUUGGUGCAACUCCAUUUAUCAGUAUAUUGAAAGAUUUGCUCAACAACAUUGUUAAAAUGGAGGAGCAAGCGGAUUCAAUCUCUGAUUUUAGUAGAUCAUCAGAGAACAGCACAGGAAGCAACAGCGGCAACAAUGCUAAUACACCGAGAGGAAAAAAAAUAUUAAAAACCACAAAUGCUUACUUCUAUUGGGUCACAAGAGAACAAGGCUCUUUCGAUUGGUUCAAAGGCGUCAUGAACGAAGUAGCAGAGCUUGACCAACGGGGUGUGAUAGAGAUGCAUAACUAUUUGACAAGUGUGUAUGAAGAAGGUGAUGCUCGUUCUGCUCUCAUUACAAUGGUUCAAGCUCUUAACCAUGCCAAAAAUGGAGUCGACAUUGUCUCUGGCACUAGUGUCAGAACACACUUUGCAAGACCCAACUGGAAAAAGGUUCUCUCUAAGCUAAGUUCCAAGCACUGCAAUGCAAGAAUAGGAGUGUUUUACUGCGGAGUACCGGUUCUAGGCAAAGAGCUUAGCAAACUAUGCAACACAUUCAACCAAAAGGGUUCAACGAAGUUUGAGUUCCACAAGGAGCAUUUCUAAAAGACAAGAAGGAAGAAACCUAAAGCCACGUAAUAGUAUAGAAUCAAUCUCUUCACUCCCGUUUCCCCCAUACAUACUUUAAUUCAAAGCAAUUACACGCUAACACGCCGUCAAAAGUGAGUGUGUUAGCUUUUAGUUCCACAUGUUCUCUAGGUCUAUAUCCACCGAGGCAUACGUGUAAAUAUUUAAGAGGAGAAACAUAUAAAAGGGAGGUUUGAUAGAAGAAUACACUGCAGUAACUUUUUCAUGUUAUAUAUUUAGGAUUUACUAUA